AGCUAGCAGACGCCGCCAUUACCAACCGACGUUAGCUAGCUCUUAACGUUACUGCAGGCCUCCAGCUUUGCCGAUAUCUCCCGAGGGGAGCUUACUUUCACAGAUUCAGUUGUAUUGUAAUUGACAGACAUGUACUAUGCUCUUCACAUUAGGUGUACAACGUGUCUUUAAUACAACUGGAAAUCCGUUUACAUUGUAAAACAGAUGGGCCACUUUACCGCAAGCUAACGCGACAGCCUGUGAUUAGCAGUGCUUGUUCCCAGGGUUGCUAAGGGGACACAUUUAGGAUAAAACAGCUGUCGUCCUGCAAACCCCGGUGAGAUGCAUUCGCUGGCUCAGGAGAUUCAGGGCUUCUCCAAAAGCCGUCUGAAGAAACAGUGCACGUGUGUUACCACGGUGACAGGCCGGAGGCUGCUGGAGAGGAGGGGUGAUGGAGGAGAGGGACAUGAGCAGGUUGAAGAGCUGGAAGAGGAAGGUGGAUGUGGAUUUGUAGAAGAUAAAAGUCUGGACCUUCAAGUUGGUGUCGUUAGACCCUUCCUACUGCUGGCCUCUCAGGAUGCAGCCCACGACCUUGACACCCUGCAGAGAUUUAAGGUGUCUCAUGUGCUAAAUGUGGCCUAUGGAGUGAUUAACCUGUUCCCGGAUCAAUUGAUUUAUAAGACGCUACAGAUCCUGGACCUCCCAGACACUGACAUCCCUUCAUAUGUCGGGGAAUGCAGCUCCUUCAUCGAUCAGGCCCGAGAACAGGACGGUGUGGUGCUGGUCCACUGUAACGCGGGCGUGUCACGCUCGUCCUCCGUUGUCAUUGGCUACCUGAUGUUAAGGGAGGGGCUUUCGUUUGAUGAUGCGUACAGCCAGGUGAAAGUGGCGAGGCCCUCAAUUCGCCCUAACCCCGGCUUCUACCAGCAACUACAGGGUUACAAACCUUAAAGCUGCAUUCAGGAUUUUUUGUCCACUUGAAAGACAACACAUAUAUACAUUAACAUAUUUUACAUAUGAUGGGACCAUAAUAUAAUAUAAUGAACAAAAGGUUUCUUAUUUACACAUGCAAGCUCAAUAUUCACUCUUCUUUUGGCUCUGUUUAAAACCUUGUAGUAUCA